AUGAAUUAAAAUGUAUAACGCUUAGUUGGACAUUUCUGAUUUGAUUUAACCUGAAUUUAGAAAAACUGAUGCUUUGUAGUUUGUAUUUUAUGGAAACUUGUAGUGCCAUUGGUCACGUUUUUCUUUAAAGGUGUUCUAAGAUGUUUCGAAGCUGGUAGAUCAUGGCCUCCUGUUCCGGUCAUUAAUUUGAGUGAAUAUAAGGGGACCAUUUAACUGUAGGCUUAUUUUUCAUCACCUUUAGUUAAAACACUGACGUUGGGUUAGUAAGCAGAUGUUUUUAUUUGUCCGGCCCUAAGGACACAAGACCUAAAUCCAGUAAUUCACAGAGACUGUAUUCAUUCCUGGCCAAAAGAUUUAGAAGGCUAUGGCUUAGUGUUGAGGUGAUCACUUGCUGUAGAGCUUUCCUAAAACCUUUUGUCUGAUCAGACGGCAAGCUUUAUUUAGAAGACAUCACGUUACUAGAACUUGAUCUACUACAGUGAUUUAAAGCGUGUGUUGGGACCUGUUGUCAAGUGAAUCUGGGAACCGAAACACAUUUAACCAACAUCACACCUACAUACAAUUUUUGCAAAAGAAAUUGUUAUUAGUUCACCAUUUCUUGGCUCGAAAAGUUGAAUAAACUAUAAGGUACGUCAGUGGGCCCUCAUCAGGACAUGGGACAUCGUGAUCUUUUCUGUAAUGUUGUGGACACAGAAAGCAGAAUAAAACCAUGAAAUGUCCCAAAGCUCUUGAAAAAAACAAUCAAACUAUGCUUGACUAUAUUGUUUAUUAACAGUGACAGGUUUUAGGUCUGUUUCAUAAGAUGCAGAUUUGUUUUAGUGAGACAGACUGACUUCAUUCACAACUUCCUUGUGUGUUACCAUCCUCCAUCUGUUUUCCCUCCUUCCUAUCUGUGAAGGAAAGAUUUUGGCCCUUAAUCUGUUAAGAUCAAUAUUCAUAAAAUAGGUGUUUAACUUUUGCCCCAAAACAUUUAAAGAAAUGUAGUCAGUCAGCCUCACUAUGCUACAAUAUGCUUAAACAUAUUUGUAUUCUCAAAAGCAUAGUGUCAAUAUCGUUCCUCUCUCACAUGCCUGUGAAGCUAAUGUGCUUAUAAAGAAUGACGUCAUUGGGUGAUUAGCUGAGGGCAGAUGUACGGAGUGAGACGGGUUUAAAAACAUGCAGAUCAAGAACACAGUACAUCAGCCGAUACAUCAAGAGUUUGGACGUCAAGACUUUCGGCGAUUAUUGGGUUCUGGUGUCAAUGCAGCCUGCACAUUUAUCUAUUUAUCUUACAUUUAUUUAUUUAUUAGGCUGGGAUAUGGAAAUCUGAACAUUAUUCAUUAGGAAAUUAUUGAAAUAUCUGAACUGCGUCUUAAAAAAAGCUCCAACAUACACAGUGCAGCAGUGAUUUAACACUGCUGGGAAUAAACGCGCUUAAGAAGAGAUGACCUCUGUGGUGAAGAAAUCCCUGCGAGCCCCCUUCCGACAGAUGACCAGCUGCCUAUCAGGGGUUCAGGACGGGUUCAGUCGGAAAAACAAGACGGUCCGGAGGAAGAGCGCGCCCUGUUGCUACGGUCAGACCGCACACGACUCUUCUUGGAUAAGGGCCUACCAAGCAGAACUGCACAGGGAAAGGAAAUUGAGGCAAGUGAAGUUUGCGCAGAAGAGUGCGGAGAGAGCCGCAGACAGAAGUCCACAUCGUUUCUCAAAGCCACCUGUACAGAGGACACAAAGCAAGACGGCCACCAAAAAUGAUGACUCUCUUUUUGGUGCCUUCCAAGGGCUCAGUCUCAACAUGGGUGGAGCACAGUCUUCCAUGCCAACACCAGCAAGUGCAGAUCAAUGUAAAGUCAUGUGAUGACAGAAGAUAAUUCAAAUGACUGUAAAUCUGAUCACGUGACAUCUUUGAUCAUCCUCGUCCAGUUUCUCACCUUAUCCUUUAUUAUUGUUAUAUUGCAAACUUAAGUCCUACCAAGGCUGUUGAAGUGACAUUUAUUUAAUGUAUCUACAGGUAGUUCUUUGAUUCAUAUAUAUUGAUUCAUAUAUCUUUUUCAAUGUAUACAAAAGUAUGUGAUUUAUAAGCAUUUUUACCUUUUUGUAAACUUUUGUUAUUUAUAAAUGUUUUGAGUUUAAGGAUCAAACUUUGAAUUUGUUUUUACUGAAGUUAAACUACAAUAGCACACGGCUCGUCCUAUGUGUAGGAUAUACGGAUAACAAGUAGGCCAUGUGUUUAAUUAUUUUCAUCAAGGUAAAGCAUCUGACUUAUGCACGGAUCUGGCAACACGAUAUCCGGCACUUUGGAGAAUUGAUGGGGUCGAAACAAGACACCAAAUCUAAGAGACACAUACUCAACUGUAGGCCGACAUCAUGAUGCGAGUGAUCAUAGGGGACUGCACAAGUACAGAAGUACACCAAACCCGAAUCCACAUAUUCUGGAACAAUAAUGCUUAAAUCCUCCGGUAUCCCAUUUUGAUUUUAUUUCCUCUCAAAACAACAAGGUAAUAUAAACAUGAACAAUGUUAUUUAACCUUGAAAUUAUUAUUCAUAUUUGAGUUAAAUAGAUCAUAUUAAAGUGAUAGUUCACCAAAAAAUCAUAUCUUGUCAUUUCAAACCUGUAUGACUUUCUUCCUUCUGCAGAACACAAAAGAAGAUAUUUUGCAAUGCAAGUGAAUGGGGUCCAGUUAAAAACAUUUUUCAAAAUAUCUUCUUUCGUGUUCUGCAGAAGAAAGAAAGUCAUACAGGUUUGAAAUAACAAAAGGGUGAGUAAAUGGUAACAGAAUAUUUAUUUCCAUAGCUACAUUAUGCAUAUUCAUGUAGCUGAAAAAUUCUGAAAUAAAACCUAAAUAACUAUUUUUUAAAAGUUUGUAUUAUAUUUAUUGAAAUAUAUUUAUCAAAUAACUUUUUUUAAUAUUUGAGUUAAAUGUAUCAUAUUAAUUACUUAAU